AUGGGCAAGAUAGGCACGAGAUUACCAGGUUUUUGUCUAAACAGGAUCAGGCCUCAUGUUAGAGUCCGUUCACCACCUAUACAAGCUAAGGCUAAUUUGAAUUCUACUAAAAAUGAUCAAAAGACUGAGAAUCCUGACAAUGUUUGCCAUGGAGAAGAGAAGACUGGGAAUUCGGAGCUGGCAAAACCUGUGGAGUUACUUGGUAGGAAAAUCAUGAUAGUCGUUGAUUCAAGUGUUGAAGCUAAGAGAGCUCUACAAUGGGCACUCUCUCACACUGUUCAAAGCCAGGAUCUUCUUGUUCUUCUUCAUGUAACCAAAGCAUCAUCUAAACAAGCCACAGGGGAAGAGUCCCGCAAGGAGAGAGCUCCAAGGGGUUGUGAACUUGUAAAUUCUCUGAAAAAUAUGUGUCAGUUGAAGAGACCUGAGAUACAAAUUGAGAUUGCAGUGGUGGAAGGAAAAGAGAAAGGUCCACUGAUAGUGGAAGAGGCCAAGAAACAAGGGGCGGCACUUCUAGUUUUGGGGCAGAAAAAGAGGUCCAUGACAUGGCGGCUGAUCAUGAUGUGGGCAAGCAAUAAAAUCACUGGUGGCGUGGUGGAAUACUGUAUCCAAAAUUCUGAUUGCAUGGCAAUUGCUGUGAGGAGGAAGAGCAAAAAACAUGGAGGUUACCUGAUCACCACUAAGCGACACAAAGAUUUCUGGCUCUUAGCUUAA